AUGUCACGCAUAGAUCGUGAUUUAAAUUUCAAUGAGACUUGGAUGAGAGUAUCAGAAGGUCUUGAACGUAUUUAUCGAAUUCAAGAAAUAUCGCCUUCAUCACAUGGGGAACUUUAUGCGUUGAUUUAUUAUUAUUGUACAAAUACUCAACCACAAAGCUCUGGAUCAAAAAUACCGAGAAGACCCGCUCAAAAUAAUCUACAUGACGGAGGUAAUCUUGUUGGUGAAGAACUAUAUACCAAAUUGAAAAAUUAUCUAAAAACUUAUUUGAAAGAAAUUUGUCAAAAAGGACUUGAUUUACAAGGCGAAAGUUUACUUCAUUUCUAUGCCACAAACUGGAAAAAUUAUCGAUUUUCAAGUAAAGUAACAAAUGGGUUUUGCCAUUAUCUAAAUCGACAUUGGGUACGACCAAUGUAUGAUUCAGGAAGAAGAGAUGUUUAUGAAGUUUUCACUGUAAUCGAACUUGGCUUGAUAGAAAAUUCAUCUGUACCAAAUAAUAGUCAUAAAAUGACAUCUUCAUCAUUGAAAAUUUAUAAAGAUUACUUUGAAGUACCAUUUCUUGACCAUACAAAACAAUUUUAUCGUCAGGAAGCAGCUAAUUUUCUUGUUCACAAUUCUAUAUCUGAAUACUUGAAAAAAGCACCACGAUGGAUUGAUGAAGAAUUACAUCGAGCAGUAUCAUAUUUACAUUCAUCAACAUUAGCACCUUUAAUUAAAAUACUUGAACAAGCACUCGUUCAUGAGCAACUUGAAGCAAUCUGUACUGAAGCAAAAAUACUUUUACACGAUGACAAUUAUUCAGAUUUCGCAUGUUUAUUCAAAUUAGUUGAUCGAGUACCAAAUGCGACUGUUCAAUUGAAAAAAAUUUUUGAAAACAAUUUUCGUCCAAAAGGUAUUGAAUCUAUGGAACGAAUCAGUGCCACUGCAAUUAAUGAUCCAAAAGAUUACGUUGAAACAAUUCUUAAGAUUCAUAAAGAUUUGUCUAACGUUGCACAAAAAUUUUUUCAUAAUAACGAACAUCUUAUUGCUUCUCUUAAUAAAGCUUGUGAAAAUUUUAUUAAUAAUAAUGCAGUAACAGAAGCUGCUAAUAAUGCAACAAAAUCAGCUGAAUUAUUAGCUCGAUAUUGUGAUAUACUUUUACGAAAAGGAAGUAAAGUUGAAAGAGAAAUCGAUAUUGAGGAAAAAUUCAAUCAAAUUAUGAUAGUUUAUAAUUAUGUUAAAGAUAAACAUAGUUUCGAAACAUUUUAUCGUAAAAUGUUAGUCAAACGUUUAUUAGGUAAAUUAAGUGCAUCGAAUGAUAAUGAACAAUCAAUGAUUUUAAGAUUAAAAAACACCUGCGAUUUCGCAUAUGCAUCAAAAUUAGAAAAAAUGUUACAAGAUGUUAAUCUUAGUGAAACAUUAUUAGAUCAAUAUCAAACAUACUGUGAAAAAAAUAAACUUGAUGAUAUUGUUGAUUUUUCUGUCAUAGUUCUCAGUUCAAAUUCAUGGCUGUUUGCUGCGCCAUCAAAUUUUAUUCUACCAGUUGAACUUAAAAAAACAUUUGAUAGUUUUAUUAAAUUCUAUACCCAACAACAUACUAGUCGUAAGCUAACAUGGCUUCAUCAACAUUCAAAAGGAGAUUUACAAACAUUAUAUACUAAGCCCAGAUAUAUUUUACAUGUAUCAACAUAUCAAAUGGUAGUUUUACUUUUAUUUAAUAAAUUGUCACGUUGGACAGUUGAAAGAAUGCAAGAGGAAACUCAAAUCAAAGUUGAUUUAUUUUUACAAGUUCUUUGUGGUUUAUUGAAAAGUAAAUUAAUAACAUGCGCAGAAAUUAAUGAUAAUGAAUUUGACGAAGAUUUGAAAGAGACUGAUAUUAAAAUGAAUUAUAAUAUUCAAAUAGCUGAAGAUUUUAAAAGUAAGAAAAUUAAAAUAAACUUGAAUGUACCAUUAAAAUCAGUCGAACAAAAAGAUAUCGAAGAUUUACAUCGAACAAUUGAUGAAGAUCGAAAAAUGAUUAUUCAAGCUGCAAUUGUUCGAAUAAUGAGAGCUCGACAAACUCUAAAAGAUGCAUUAUUAAUGCAAGAAGUUAUACAGCAACUAAGUUCACGUUUUGAACCAGAAAUAUCUGUGAUUAAAAAAUGUAUUGAUAUGCUAAUUGAAAAAGAAUAUCUUGAACGUCAAUCAAAUGAAAACGAUGUGCUACAUUAUUUGGCUUAA